GAGAGAGGGGGGGGGGUGCGCGAAGCGGGAGCGCGCUUUCCGUGUCUGGUUAGUGGACUGACAGCCAGCUGUGCGGCUACAACGACAACAACAACCUCCUGGAUUUGCUACACACACAACUAGAUUAGUGUCGGUCUGCUACUGGUCACAUUCGUACACUAUAUAGCUAGUUUCUGAAGUGAGGACUCGACAGCACAAAGCUACAAAAUCGGUAUCAUCGGCGGUUUCCGUGCUAACUAGCUAGAAGAGCAUUCCUCCAACAUGAAUCCGUUGUGUGGCAGAUGUGAACAAGUCGUUUACCCCACGGAAAAAGUGAAUUGUCUGGACAAGUACUGGCAUAAAGGAUGCUUCAGCUGCGAGACCUGCAAAAUGACCCUAAACAUGAAGAAUUACAAAGGCUUUGGGAAGAAACCAUACUGCAAUGCACACUAUCCCAAGUCACACUUCACCUGUGUGGCUGACACUCCAGAGAACCGCCGCCUCAAGGAGCAGAGCAAGAUGCAGAGCCAGGUUCUCUACCGGGAGGACUUUGAGAAGAAUAAAGGGAAAGGUUUCAGCGCGGUCGCAGACACGCCAGAGAUGCAGAGAAUUAAGAAGUCGCAGGAACAAAUCAGCAAUAUAAAGUACCAUGAGGAAUUUGACAAGAAGAUGACUAUGGGAGGAGCAGGAGAGGUCUCGCAUCACCCGCCGAGCCACCCUGGCAAAGUUUUACCAGCAGCUCAUCAGCCGCCUGCAGCCUCUCAGAACUACAACUUUGAGCCCCCUUCUGUACCAGUGCAGGCCCCCGCCGCCGGCCCGCCUCCCAGUGCAGGGAAGCGGUACCGGGCAGUGUACGACUACUCUGCCGCCGAUGAGGACGAGGUGUCCUUCGUGGACGGAGACGUGAUCAUAGACGUGCAGCAGAUCGACGAGGGCUGGAUGUACGGCCGCGUGGAGCGCACCGGCCAGCAGGGCAUGCUGCCUUCCAACUACGUGGAGGCCAUCUGAGCGAGAGGGAAAGAAAAAAGAGGGGGAGAGAAGAAUGAGGAGGUAGAGAAAGGGAGGGAAAGAAGGAAAGGAAAAAGCCCAGUGCCAUCUCAUCUUAAUGCCGCUUUCUCUUGAUUUUUUUACUCUUGUUCCUUAAUCUGUCCCGUGAGACCCUGAGUCCCCCCCCACCCCCGUCUGCAUCCCUGUUCUACUCCCACUGCUCCACCACAGACACCCUUUACCUAUCCGUCUGUCUGUCCUUCUCUGUCUGCCUGCCUGCCUCUUCGCCCGUCUGUCUGUGCCGAUGUCCGUCUGUGCCGAUGUCCGUCUCCGUUUGGAUGUUCGUCAUCCUCCUUUAUCUUUUCCCGAACCUGGCUCCACUUUCAAAGCGCUGUCACGAGUGGGGGAAAAAAAAUAAAAAAGUCUUAAAAGAUAAACUCACAGUUCAUCGCAGUAUGUCGGGGGUCACGCCGUGUCCACAGCUCCAUCGUAGCUACAGCGCUUAACAAUCCUCGCUCAUCAUCAGGCAAAAAUACAGGAAGAACACACACACACACACACACGGGGGUCAGUCGCCACAGCUGCAGACAUCGUUCUGUGGAGAAAAUUAGUUUGAAGCGUGGGUGGGUGUGGCAUUUAGUUUUUUUUUUUUGUUUGUUUUCCUUUCUCUCAUUUUGCAGCGUGAUCUUGGCCAGACUGGACACACAGUGUAGAAUCUCAGUCUAUCUAGAACUAAGCUUGAAUAUUAUUGACUUGUGUACAUUCCUUUAACCUCUAACCGCGUUGCUGUCGCACCAAUCAGCCAGUUAUCAGUCUUAACAGAGAGGUUUUUUUAAUAUAUUUAUAGAUCGACGCACACAUCUCGCCUGCCGCGUGCUGGAGUAGUUCGUAGUUCGUGUUCAGCGCUGCGUCGUCGUGAAACUGGAAUCGUAGCCUAACUGAAGAGCACCUUCUGCCGUGGCCUUUCUCGGGCGAUCCAGGAGGGGAUCAGGGAGAAGUAAGGGGACAUUAUCAGUCCAUCUCUUGCUGCCACGCUGAAUACAUCGCCUCAGUUGGUGUGGAUGUACAGUUUGUGCACCUUUUUAUUCCCGUUUCUUGCGGCCUGAACGCCUUCAGUCCUGAGAGAAUCACACAGUUCUGGUGAUCACGGUUAAUCUGUAUUUUGGAGAAAGGAGAUGGGAACAGGUCAAGUCCUUCCACCCUUUUGCUACAAAAAUCACCAAGAAAACACAUUCAUAGAAGAGAAGGCCAAGCACAAUUCUAUAUUGUGAACCUUUUUUCUUUUUUAUGAUUCAUUCCACUGUUCUUGUGAGUGAACAUUCCCGUCUUUAUUUUCCAUUUAAUGUGAGAGAAGUUGUUGAAUCCGUGGCUGUGGUAAAUGUCUCAUGAUGUUCUUCCUUUUGCCUUUCUUGUUACUGUAAGAUGCUUAUUGUUAAUAAAAAGAAAAGUCAGUGUAUUAAAUAAAUAAACCAGCAACUCAGUUUUAUGAACCAAGGCAGAAGAAGUGUUUGUCCAGACUUGUGCAGUCGCAGUAUUUGAUCAGUUGUGGGAUUAAACGACCUGCAGCUUGACUGAGAAAUGUUUCUGAUCAGUGGAUCUCUCUAAAGCUGUUAAAUGUUCUGGAGCUUCUAAGAAAAGGGUUCAUGUUGGAGAAUGGCAUUUAAAAUACACACUUCUACUUCAUUAUCUUAUGGUCUUUCUAAUUUGGCCUGUCACCAGUUUGUCAGGGCAGAGCACUAAUGCAAGCAUGUUUGUUUGUUUUUUGUCAGGUGAAUC